CUUUUAAUAUUUCUGACAAGAUUCUUUGUGCCACUACCGAUGGAGGCGCUAACAUGGUUUUGGCAAUGCGAUUGCUAAAGGAUAAAUUAAUUUUAAAAAAUUAUAAUUUUCACUUUCAACCUUGUUACUGCUUGGCACACAUAUUGAAUCUUAUCGUUACAACUGGGUUAUUACCUAUUAAAUUAUCAAUUGAAAAAGAUUUUAAAGAACUUGGUAAAAUGGUUGGUGAAGGUGAAUCGACUCGUAAAAUUCUACAGAAUGUUUCAACUCAUUGGAACAGUACUUAUCUUAUACUUUUAGCCUAUGUAACCAUGCCUACGACUAUUUCAGCUAUAAUUAGACGUAAUAAAAAUCUUGAAAAAUUUAAACUUACCUCACAAGAUGAAACUAAUCUUCAAGUCACAACCCAGUUUCUAAAGCCAUUUUAUGAAACCACUAACGUACUUUCUGAUAGCACAUAUACAACUUUAGGUAUUUCGAUUCUGCUAAUCAACGACAUCGUUGAAAAUGUUUCAGCAUGCAUUCAGGAUCCAACGAGUUCAGAAUUUCUCAAAAUAGCUGCAAUUCAAAUAUCAGAAAAAAUUCAAAAAUAUACUAACGAAAUUUAUGACAAAAUAGCGUUUAUAGCUGCUAUUCUUGAUCCUUGGAUUAAACUAGAAUUAAUGCCUAUUGACAUGAAUAAUGAAGCAAAUCACACCAUUUUUAAUAAU